GGGUGUGUUAGUAGGUGUGGCUUUAUGUGAAAAAUGGCUGAAGACUCUGUUCCAUGGGAAGUGAGGCUCUUGCAAGCAUAUUGCAAGAAUGAUGACAGUCUUGAGUCUUUGGGCUAUGCCAAACAGUCCGUUCUUGCUGGAGCUUGGUAUGUGGCAUGUGGGUCCCACGGGUCCCUCCCAGCAGAUGUGUGCCUGUGUGGAGUGGGAAGGGUUGAGGAGGGGCUCAUACGACAGUGGGUGGAGUACUAUCUCUCCCAAGUCAGGACAGAGACCGUGUGGGACGCUCUCAGCAAAGACCAACAGAAGGCAGUGCUGAAGGAGGUGAAUGGCCAUCUUUCCAGCUGCAUAUUCAUGGUUGGAUACAAAGUGACACUAGCGGACAUUGUACUCUACUAUGGUCUCCAUAGAUACUUGGGAGGGAUGUCUUUCAUACAGAAGGCACAGUAUCCUCAUGUUUGCCGCUGGUUUGAUCAGGUGCAGCACUUCCCCGAUGUCAGACCGUUCUCCCUUCCCCUCAUAGUGUUCCACAAGAAUCCGCAGCUGCUAACUUCUAGUGUAGGGCUUUAGUAGAAGUACUGUGUGUUGAAAUCAGAGAUGGUAAUUUUGUGCAAUAAUCAGUUUAUUCUUUUUUAAAAAUGAGAUGAUUGACACACAGUUAUUACAAAACAACA